AUGGCAUCCACAAUCCCUGUGCAGCAACAAGUCAAAGAGGGUCAACAGCGUUUGAUCGGUGACUCAUUCAUUCGACCCCAUUUGAAGAAUUUGUCUCCUUAUCAGUCGAUUUUGUCAUUUGAGAUAUUAUCUCUCACAUGUUUUAAGGCAAAGGGAAUGGUUUAUGCAAAUAAUCCAGAUGGGAGUAUAAUCAGUGACGAGAUUCUCUUGAAAGUCCUUGAGCUUCCUAUAUUGGUGGUGCUGGAUGAGGCAUAUAUUGAGUUUUCAGGUCUCGAAUCGAGGUUGCAAUGGGUAAAAAAGUAUGAGAAUUUAAUUGUUCUUCGGACAUUUAGCAAACGAGUUGGUAUGCAAAUGGUCCGCGUUGGGUAUGGAGCAUUUCCAUUGACCAUCAUUGAAUAUCUUUGGCGAGCAAAGCAACCAUAUAAUGUGUCUGUUGCUGCUGAAGUUUCUGCUUGCGCAGCAUUGGAGAACCCCACCUAUCUCGAGAUGGUGAAAGAAGCUUUGCUACAAGAAAGGGAGAGGCUUUAUAACCUUGUAAAGGAGCUGCCGUUUCUCAACCCAUAUCCAAGCUAUUCCAAUUUCAUUCUUUGUGAGGUUACAUCAGGAAUGGAUGCUAAGAAGCUGAAGGAGGACCUUGCAAAAAUGGGUGUGAUGAUUCGUCAUUACAACAACAAAGAGUUGAGUGGUUAUGUUCGCAUAUCUGUCGGGAAGCCGGAGCACACUGAUGUCUUGAUUGAUUGCCUCAAACGAUUGUCUUAGUGCAGUACCUCUAUUAGGCAUGAUUUACUACUUCUGCAACUCCUUUCUUUCUUUUUUUCUUUUUUUUUAUGACAAGGAAUGG